AAUCCCAGGACCCAGCUCCCCAGACCACUCAGGGACCUGUGGACAGCUCACCGGCUGUGAUGGCUGCAGGCCCUCGGACCUCCGCGCUCCUGGCUUUCGCCCUGCUCUGCCUGCCCUGGACUCGGGAGGUGGGCGCCUUCCCAGCCAUGCCCUUGUCCAGCCUAUUUGCCAACGCCGUGCUCCGGGCCCAGCACCUGCACCAACUGGCUGCUGACACCUACAAGGAGUUUGAGCGCGCCUACAUCCCGGAGGGACAGAGGUACUCCAUCCAGAACGCCCAGGCUGCCUUCUGCUUCUCGGAGACCAUCCCGGCCCCCACGGGCAAGGACGAGGCCCAGCAGAGAUCGGACGUGGAGCUGCUGCGCUUCUCGCUGCUGCUCAUCCAGUCGUGGCUCGGGCCCGUGCAGUUCCUCAGCAGGGUCUUCACCAACAGCCUGGUGUUUGGCACCUCAGACCGCGUCUACGAGAAGCUGAAGGACCUGGAGGAGGGCAUCCAGGCCCUGAUGCGGGAGCUGGAGGAUGGCAGCCCCCGGGCAGGACAGAUCCUCAAGCAAACCUACGACAAAUUUGACACAAACUUGCGCAGUGAUGACGCGCUGCUUAAGAACUACGGGCUGCUCUCCUGCUUCAAGAAGGACCUGCACAAGGCUGAGACAUACCUGCGGGUCAUGAAGUGUCGCCGCUUCGUGGAGAGCAGCUGUGCCUUCUAGUUGCUGGGCAUCUCUGUUGCCCCUCCCCAGUACCUCCCCUGACCCUGGAAAGUGCCACCCCAAUGCCUGCUGUCCUUUCCUAAUAAAACCAGGUUGCAUCGUA